AUGCUUCCAUUAGGCCUUCUCAAUGCCGCGCAAGGCCAUCCUAUGCUCGUCGAGCUCAAGAACGGCGAAACCUUGAACGGCCAUCUCGUCAGUUGCGACACCUGGAUGAACUUGACUUUGAAGGAAGUCGUACAGACAAGUCCAGAGGGCGACAAAUUUUUCAGACUUCCUGAGGUCUACAUACGAGGCAAUAAUAUCAAGUACCUACGCUUCUUGCUUUUCGAAUCCUCAUCUUACAAGCUCAUGCCACCUAGUCCAAUCAUUCAUGAUGCACUAUGGAAAUGCCUAUGCCCGUUCUCUAAACGACCUCCGCAAUGGUCGCGAAACACCAUUCUUGCUGGACCGCGUAGGAGGACUUUGAAAUGGCACUCCACACCGCGACCUCGAGCGUACUCCCAACAUGAUCCAGCAUCCAGCAGACGACCAUCCCUUUGGACCUCCAACCAUGACGCAAACCUUCCGAAUACAUCUGAGUCCCAUGACGGCUUCUUCAGUCCUCACCAAGACGUUGCUUACGCAGCACCCACGUCGAGUCUUGCGACGGCUUAUGAUCAGCUAAAGACCUCCAGCCGCGAGGCCAAGUACCGAUAUGUGCAGUCGCAGGUCGAGCAUCUCGUGAAGACCCUGAAGCAAAAGCCUGACAAAAUCAUCUACGAUGCAUUGAUCCUAGCAAACGCAGAUGCAAAGUACGGGCAUCCCUCGGAAGCUGCGAAGUUACUGCAGGAGAUGGAAGCAGAAGGCAUCCCACCAGAUUCAGGAACCUAUCAUUCUAUUUUGAGGGUGCUCGCAGUUCAUCCCGAUCAGCUUCUCCGAGCUCAUGUGCUCCAAUUACUACGCCAGCGCUGGUAUUCGUUAACGAUUGAUGGCUACCAUGACGUUGUCGUUGGUCUCUUACGUGAACGGCAGGCGGAGCUCGCACUUCAGUAUAUCGAGGAGAUGCAGAAAAGCGGCGUCGUAGUCAAUAGUUGGCUGUACGAUAUGCUUGUGUAUACUCUCUGCGAUAUGGGAGAAUAUGAUGAGGCGCUCCGUCUUAUGCAGUAUCGUCUCCGAGACAGUAGUGAGCACGAAAAGGAAGGAGCGCACAUCUCAGGAACGGUGUGGUAUUACCUCCUGGACACUGCCUCAAGAGCUAUGCACUACGAAGCAACGCUCAUCGCCUACAACGCACGCAUAGCCACCAAUUAUCUCCAUCCUUCUACCGGCAUCUGCAACAACAUCCUCGCCUGCGCCGCGCGAAACGGCGACCCAAAACUCGCCACCGCCAUUUUCAACAACCUCGCCAAACGCUCCGGCAACUCGAUCCAGCUCCACCAUUACGAAGCCCUCCUCGAGGCCUACGUGAAUGCUCAUGACGUCCGUGCAGCAAUCUCCAUCCUCUCUACCAUGCACCAUGCCGGACACUCGAUAGGCCUGGCCUCAACGCGCAUUCUCUUCGUCCAUCUCAAGCAGUCACUGCGCAACACGGAUGUUGCUCUUGAAAGCCUGCGAAACUUACGAGACGCGCAGCGCCCUGUGACCCUCGCCGCUAUCAAUGUAUCAAUCGAGGCGCUGAUCCACCAUCACCAGCUACCCAAAGCCCUAGCUCUCUGCGAGUCGAUCUCGCGGUACAGCGCCUAUCCCUCCCUCCCAAGUACCCCCGCUCCACUUGCCAAAUCCAGCAAAUCUACUUCAUCCAAGCCUCCUACGUCGCCGUCGAGCGAGAAGAAUCAAAUGGUGACCCGAACGCCCCUGAAACCGGACACUUUGACAUUCAACCAUCUCAUUCGGGGCUGCAACUACGCGAAGGAUAAAAGCAGUGCCACAUCCUUAUUGGAUCAGAUGAUCGCACUGGGAGUGCAGCCGGAUAGUCUGACAUAUGAUCGAUUAGUGCUGUGUUGCUUGGACGCAGAUGAGGAUAAGGAGGGAGGGGGGCUGGAUGAAGUGAGGAAGUAUAUAGAGCAAAUGAGGACGAAAGGCUUCGUGAUGAGAGGUGGUACGAUAUCUAGCGUGGUGGAAAGGUGCAAGCGGGAGGGACAUGCGCAAGAGGAGGUGUUUCAGGGAAAGAAAAGGAGAUUUGAUAGCGAUCCGAGAACCAUGGUGGAGGUAGAAAGGGCCUAG